UUUUACGACUUCAGGAAAGUCGCUGUAAACACAUCGGUGGCUCAGUUUCUGCAUUUAACAAGUGUUACUGGCUGCUGGGAAUUGGAGGUGGUUGGGGAUUUACUCUACAGGAAAUAAUUCUGUGUGAUGUGGACCGCUCUGACAGUAGUUUACUUCAGAUGGCUGAGAAAACCAGAGGCCCGCAGGAUGUCCCCCCCGACUCUUCUCCUGAUGAAAAUGAAUUUCCUUUCGGAUAUCCCACUAGCAUUUGUGAGGAUGUGCCUCAUCAGAAGUACCUGUGCAGCAACUGCAAUAACGUUCUGAAGAAAGCCCUGCAAACGCUCUGUGGGCAUCGGUACUGCUCAGCCUGCCUCGCCUGGAUCGUACGAAACAAUAAAAAUGCGAUUUGCCAGAAGUGUAGAGAGGAAGAUCCCAGCACUUUAAGUGAGGGAAGCCUCUUGGCAGAAGAACGGGCUUUUGGUGAUGCUGCCAUUAAUAAAGAGAUCUCUGAACUCAAAGUACACUGUGUGACCCUUGGAUGCAGUUGGUCUGGUAUCAUGAAAAAUUUUGAAGACCAUCAGACUUUAUGUGAAUACGCUUUAAUCCCGUGUCACACUGGUUGUGGGCACGUGGUCAUGAGAAAGAAACUUGCGGAUCACUUGGAAAAUGGAUGUGUUAAUAAUGUGGCGAUGUGUCAGAAGUGUAAGCAGAGCUUAUCCAGCAGUGAGUACCAAAGCCCUUCUACACUCUUAACCGACAAGGAUGGGUGUCGUUUUUCUGAAGUCGGCUGUUCGUUUAGGGGAAGCAACGAGAAGAUAAAGGAGCAUGAAAAAACUGCAGUUGGGGCCCACAUGCUGCUUCUGCUGCAGCACAUAAAGCAGCUGAAGGCAAGCUUGUGCUCUGCUGCCAAAGCUGCAGAUGAGAGCACCUCCGAUCCGCAGGUCCUAGCGGGGCUGGAAAUCAACAGGGAUCUGGAAGUAGACUGUUUUCCUGGAACAUCUCCUUCCCAGGAUGAGUCUGUUCUGCAACAACUUGUGAGGGAGAAAGUGAUCUCUGAGCUAGAAAAUAAGCUGCAUGUGUUUGAGAAUAUUGUGGCAGUGCUCAAUAAAGAGGUGGAGACCUCCAACUUGGAAAUCACAGCCUUUCGGAGACAGAGGGAACUUGAUCAAAAUAUAAUACAAGGCCUUGAACUGAAGAUUGCAGAGUUGCACCGGUGCCUGCUGCAGAAGGAUGCAGGCCUGAGCAGUCUCCAUAAGAGUCUUCUGUUCUCUGAGCAAGCUUCCUACGAUGGAGUCUUUCUGUGGAAGAUAACGGAUGUUGGCAGGAAGUUACAAGACUCUGUGACUGGAAGAACAGUCAGUUUGUAUUCACCAGCUUUCUACACUGCAAAGUAUGGCUACAAGGUCUGCCUGAGGGUUUAUCUGAACGGGGACGGGACUGGAAAAGGAACCCACGUGUCCCUAUUCUUUGUUGUCAUGAAAGGAGACUAUGAUGCUUUGCUCCCGUGGCCUUUCAGGCACAAGGUUACAUUUAUGUUGCUUGACCAAAAUAACAGGGAACAUAUUAUUGAUGCAUUUCGCCCGGACUUGACUUCUGCUUCGUUUCAGAGACCGGUGAAUGAUAUGAAUGUUGCAAGUGGCUGUCCCAUGUUCCUUCCUUUGUCCAAAUUACAGUCACCUAAAUAUGCCUACGUGAAAGAAGACACACUUUUCCUUAAAUGCAUUAUAGAAACAAAUUAG